CUCCAGUGAUUCCGUGAAAUUAGCUACCAAUCACCAAUUAGUAAAAGUUUAAUGCUUUAUGCAAAAACGGUGUUGAAUUCAGUACCAGCUCCAGAAAGCAUGUUCUUCAUUGUACCGGAUCUCAUUGCAGCUUCUCUGUGAAUAAUGAAUUCGAAGCCAUCGCUGCUAAUGAGUUUAACGUAUUCCGAUUCUUGCUCUGCCAUGGUUUUCAAGUAACGUUCAGUGGACGAAGAUGGACAAACGGGUGGUCACGCAAUUUGACGGUCACGCCUUUCGAAACAGGCUUUCCUUUCUUCCCUCAGUUUCUCAUUGAUAUUUCGCAUGGCAGAUCUGAAAGCAGCGGCCAUAGCAGGCAACAAGUCUGCACUUGAAAAGCCUCAGGCUGGGGAUUCCGUAGACAAUGAUACGCAUUACAGUAGCAAUGGCAAUGAAGCCUCGCAGCUUGACGAUGCGAACAAACAAGAAGCGGAAACGACCGACAUUCCGCAAGGUUCUCGUUCUGUAGAGAGCGAGGAUGAGGAAUCCGACGAUGCAGAGGCUCAAAAUAAUGCUGAAGAACCUGUUCUAACGGCAGAAACGGCUGACCAGCCACCUGAAGAGCAAUCUUGGGUUCCAACAUGGGAUGAAGAAUCACAGGCAUACUACUGGUGGAAUACAGUCACCAACGAAACCACAUGGGAUAACCCAUAUCCUGAUCUAGCUCAGGAUCAGGCACCAGAAGACGGUAAUGCGGAAGGCUAUUAUGAAGAAAACCAAGGGUACUAUUACCCAGGCUAUGCAGAUAGUUACCCUACCGAGAGCAACCCAUUGGAUGCUGUAUUGAACAAAAUCGACACCGAAGUCCGCACACAAUUAGAUAACACUACUGAAACCUCCAGGCCAUUCCAGUCUUAUAAUGAAUUAUUCGACCCUUCAGAAGCUACAUCACAAGCUGCGAUGGAUUCUUACAACUCUGUUGCUCACUUCAAUUCGCGAACUGGUAAAUUCACGAGCUCGAAGGAAGCUGAUACAUAUAAUCCCGACUACAUGAGCUUGGAAAGUCGAGCUAAACGACAAAUGCAAUUUUAUUUUGAUGUGGAUGCAUACCAGGAGCAGAUCAAUAGAGAACGGCUGGCUAAUCCUGCUGGCAAAAAGCGACCAUUGACCAAACAAGAAGUGGAAAAGUUUAAACGUCAAAAACAAGAAAAGAAGGAGAAACGAAAACGGGACUGGCUAUCCAAGGAUCAUGACUAGAAUAGAUAACUUGCCCACCCCUCGCAUGUACUAGGAGAGAUAAAAUUUGGUAAAUGUACAUAAUAAAUAUAGCAAACAUUGGCAGUCUAUUUUCCAAAAAGUUAAA